UAUAACCAAUGCAUUUUCUUAUACUUUUGAAUUUGGUAUAAAAACGUCGUCGGUCUAGUCCACUGACAUCAGUCACCUGUAGUCAAUUUCACAUUCACUUCAGUUCAACUCAGAACCAAACCACUCAAAAUGUUCAAGCUUGUAGCUCUUACCAUUGUCUUGGUCGCCGUUGCCGUCCAAGCACUGCCCCAGAUGCCGUCCGUCCCGGAGGUUCCAGCCAUGCCGGAAAUGCCAUCAACCCCGGAAAUGCCAGCCACCCCAGAGAUGCCAGCCACUCCAGAGAUGCCAGAGACCCCGGAAAUGCCAGCCGAAGGUGCGGAAAGUGCCACCAUGCCCAACCUGCCCAACCGUAUCUCCAACCGAAUCUCGAACAGCGUGAACCGCGUCAACAGCCGCAACUAAGCAUCCCGGAGACGUGGACGCUGUUGGAAGAUAGAAAAAGGUGGCGAACCGCCUAUGGAACCAAUAAGUGCUAAAGAACACCAGUUGAGUAUACGUAAAUACAUUGUUGAAAGAGAA